GUUCUCGGUCGCCAGCCAUUCCUGGGGAGGACUGCCGGCCGGUCGGACGUCUCGCCUGUCGCUGGAGAGGUCCCGGCUCCCCGGGAAGGCGGCUGCGGCGACAAAAUGAAGAUAUUCGUGGGAAACGUCGAUGGGGCGGAUACAACGCCAGAGGAGCUAGCAGCCCUCUUCGCGCCCUACGGCACGGUCAUGAGCUGCGCCGUCAUGAAACAGUUCGCCUUCGUGCACAUGCGCGAGAACGCAGGCGCGCUGCGCGCCAUCGAGGCUCUGCACGGCCACGAGCUGCGGCCGGGGCGCGCGCUCGUGGUGGAGAUGUCGCGCCCACGGCCUCUUAACACUUGGAAGAUUUUCGUGGGCAAUGUGUCGGCUGCAUGCACGAGCCAGGAAUUGCGCAGCCUCUUCGAGCGCCGCGGACGCGUCAUCGAGUGUGACGUGGUGAAAGACUACGCGUUUGUUCACAUGGAGAAGGAAGCAGAUGCCAAAGCCGCCAUCGCGCAGCUCAACGGCAAAGAAGUGAAGGGCAAGCGCAUCAACGUGGAACUCUCAACCAAGGGUCAGAAGAAGGGGCCCGGCCUGGCUAUCCAGUCUGGGGACAAGACCAAGAAACCAGGGGCUGGGGAUACGGCAUUCCCUGGAACUGGUGGCUUCUCUGCCACCUUCGACUACCAGCAGGCUUUUGGCAACAGCACUGGUGGCUUUGAUGGGCAAGCCCGUCAGCCCACACCACCCUUCUUUGGUCGCGACCGCAGCCCCCUGCGCCGUUCACCUCCCCGAGCCUCCUAUGUGGCUCCUCUGACGGCCCAGCCAGCCACCUACCGGGCCCAGCCCUCAGUGUCGCUGGGAGCUGCCUACAGGGCCCAGCCUUCUGCCUCUUUGGGUGUCGGCUAUCGGACUCAGCCCAUGACAGCCCAGGCAGCCUCUUACCGCGCUCAGCCCUCUGUCUCCCUUGGGGCCCCAUACAGGGGCCAGCUGGCUAGCCCUAGCUCCCAGUCUGCUGCAGCUUCCUCGCUUGGCCCAUAUGGUGGAGCCCAGCCCUCGGCCUCGGCCCUCUCCUCCUAUGGGGGUCAGCCAGCUGCGGCUUCCUCGCUCAACUCCUAUGGGGCUCAGGGUUCCUCCCUUGCCUCCUAUGGUAACCAGCCAUCCUCUUAUGGCGCGCAGGCUGCCUCUUCCUAUGGGGUUCGUGCGGCUGCCUCCUCCUACAACACCCAGGGAGCAGCUUCCUCCCUAGGCUCUUAUGGGGCCCAGGCAGCCUCUUAUGGGGCCCAGUCUGCAGCCUCCUCACUAGCUUAUGGGGCCCAGGCAGCUUCUUACAAUGCCCAGCCCUCGGCCUCUUACAAUGCCCAGUGCCCGUACGCUGCACAACAGGCUGCUUCCUACUCUUCGCAGCCGGCUGCCUAUGUGGCACAGCCAGCUACAGCAGCUGCCUAUGCCGGCCAACCAGCUGCCUACGCUGCACAAGCCACUGCCCCACUGGCUGGCUCCUAUGGGGCCCAGCCGGUUGUUCAGACCCAGCUGAAUAGUUACGGGGCUCAAGCAUCAAUGGGCCUGUCAGGCUCCUAUGGGGCUCAGUCAGCUGCCGCGGCCACUGGCUCCUAUGGUGCUGCAGCUGCCUAUGGGGCCCAGCCUUCUGCCACCCUGGCAGCUCCGUACCGCACUCAGUCGUCAGCCUCAUUGGCUGCUUCCUAUGCUGCCCAGCAGCAUCCCCAGGCUGCUGCCUCCUACCGUGGCCAGCCGGGCAAUGCCUACGAUGGGGCAGGUCAGCCGUCUGCAGCCUACCUGUCCAUGUCCCAGGGGGCCGUUGCCAACGCCAACAGCACCCCGCCGCCCUAUGAGCGUACCCGCCUCUCCCCACCCCGGGCCAGCUACGACGAUCCCUACAAAAAGGCUGUCGCCAUGUCGAAAAGGUAUGGUUCCGACCGGCGUUUAGCCGAGCUCUCUGAUUACCGCCGUUUAUCAGAGUCGCAGCUUUCGUUCCGCCGCUCGCCGACAAAGUCCUCGCUGGAUUACCGUCGCCUGCCCGAUGCCCAUUCCGAUUACGCACGCUAUUCGGGCUCCUAUAAUGAUUACCUGCGGGCAGCUCAGAUGCACUCUGGCUACCAGCGCCGCAUGUAGGGCCAUCCUGGGAUGGGGCACCACAGGGAGGGAAGGAGAGGAAAGGUGGGGUAGGGUGCAGACCCGGGUUAUAACCACUGGCCCAUACCUCUCCCGUUUGCGGUUUUUCAUCCCCUCUACCCUGUGGGCCUUCCCCAGGAGAUGAUCCUUUUGAGUGUUCGGCAGUAACCUACUUUGUUCCUUCGCCUCAGCAGCAAAUCUUGCUACUGGCUCUAGAUCUGCGGUUUCCCCUUUCCCCUGCUUCCCAUCUCCCAGGAUGGGAAUUUCUUUUAUGUUUUUAUUUUUUUCCUGGCUCCCUUUUAUUUUUGUGCGCGAUAUUUAAGGUCGUCUGGAUGGGGAAGCAACCUGCAGCUGAGGUCGGCGGCGCCUUUUUCUUUUUAGAUGUGAGGGAGGCCAGGAAAGGGUUAGCUUAACCAUUUCCUAUGCGCCAAGCUGUGCCAGCAGUCCAGGGGGCCCUGACUUUGUCCCUCUAUGGACUGUGUUGAGACUGAGUUCCUGUCGGGACAGUCGGUUGGUAUACGUCCAAAUCCCUACUGUCCCCCUGAUGUUAUAGCUGACGCUGAGUGGCACAGUCCCACGUCCCCAUCUCCCCAAGUAGGUGGUGUUAGAAAACCUUGAUUUUUUUUUUCCCUUUUGUAUGGACUACAAAUAAAACUUGGGGCAAUUUGCAGUUUGGAAACCUGGUUGUCAUUGUCUUGAUUGCACUCAGUUUCAGAGGAGCCAGUUUGACAUCCAGGAAGUCAUGACAGCAAAGGGAGAGGCAGCUGGAGAACCCCAGGGCAGAUAAGGAAAGGGGUUUGAAUGUGGGCAUUAGUGAUUUUCCUGCUGCCCAGAGGGAUAUAGGUCAUCGUUGACCUGCUAGUCUGCCAUCUUUAGGACUGGAGAGUCCAGACCAAGUUGCUUGGACUUUCUCAGCCCUUAACUUGAAUUGAUCACACCAAGGUGCAGUAAAUUUAUUGCCUGUUACCCCCUAACUUAUCUCCAGGUCGGAAACAACCUGUGCUCCAGCGGGGUGGUUCUGGGGUAUGGCUUCUCAAGUGAGAAGUGGGGAAGUGAACUGCUUUGGUGCUUAAAGUUUAGAGGAUUCUCCAGAGGGUGGGCUUGAGUGCUGAAGCUGGGACCCAGAAGGGAGCCAGUGGUGGGGUAGGGGUGAUGUCAGUGUCUGGUACUUCCCUGUGGGUUAGAGAGGAGGAGGAGCAGGGACAGUCGGAAGCAGGUCUGGGGAAUCUGGCUAGAGACCCGGUAUUCCGCCUGUUGGACAUCACCAUGGAGCGUCCUUCCUGCGUCCUGCCAACUUCUGCCGUAAUAGUGCCCUGAGACUCAACUUCCCUUAUCUCCAUUUGUUGGGGUUCUAGAUGUUUCUUGCUGGAUUUAUAGUUGAAGGUGUCCUCACAGACUGGGAAGGGGGUGAGGUACAAGCAUAACCCAAGAAGGGUUGCUGGGUUAGGGUGAGGAAUUGAAGAUUCUAUACUUGAAUCUGGGAUGGGUGGGCAAGGGGUGGGGGGGGGGCGUUGAGAGGGCCUGGCAAAAAAAAAAAAAAAAAAAAGAAAGAAAAAAAGAAUAAAGAAAAGUUCCAGCCACGGACCAGAUGGAAGUUUGGGCUUACUGAUAAUGAGUGAAUGGAAGAAAACUGGCUGGGUAGGAACCUGCUGAUGUUCUUUUGGGAAAGGGGGCUUUAGAGAUUGGAUUAUGGGAGCCUGCUGGGGCAAGGCGAUUUGGGGGAGUUGUCUGUCAAAUCAGGUGGAGUUCAGGUGGAUUCUUUUCUGCCUUUCACUGGCUUCUCGUGAAUUCGCCUGUGACAGAGUGGCUUCCCCCAGAUGUUCUCUUCCCUCUGCCCAGUGGGCAGAAGUAUAUAAUCUUUAUAACCAUGAGCUCUUGUGUAUGCUGACUGUAAUUUCAGGGGGUUACUGGGGCCAUAGCUCUUGACCUUGCUUCUCUUUUUGCUCACUGCUUUGCCUCCAGGUGCUUCGCUGUUCCUUUUCAUUUCUUUACAGGACUGGGAGGGGGAGUUCGAUUAGGUUUCUUGUCACUUUUCUGUAGGGAGGGUGGGGUGAUGUGAGGGCCAAGCUAACAAGCUUAGCUCUGAUUAUUACUCUGGAAAAUAAGAGGGUUGGUUGAUUACAGGGCUGUGAUUGUGGCUUGUGUAUUUGUGAUAUUUCUUUGUCAUGUGGCUUUCUGUCUUCCUUUUUCUCCAGUGAGGGUGCUGCCACUACCCUAAUUCCAGGGUUCCUGUAAAAAAACAGCUAAAUAUGCUCUUGGGGCCAGCAUUCUUUAUUGCAGCCCAUGUUCUUCAGAGUGACCUGGCCCUAGAGGAUCACUGGCAUCUUUAGGUCCUGAUGCCCUUGCUGCCUCAGCCCUGAGGUUUUUCGUUGUUUAAGUAGAAGAGGGUACAAAGCUAAAUCGUGUCAUUCUCUUCUUGCAGAUUGUUUUAAAAUUCCCUUCCUCUUUUAUUUAAAAUAUGCCACCUGUGUUAAUUCUAUAGCCCACUGCUUAUACUUCGCUUUUUGUAGAUUUCUGAGUUCCUGGGUCCUAUAACUUGGAGGUGGUUGGGUUGAAUGAAUGGGAGGGCAGACAUACUAUGUGUGCUUUGGGAUAAGAGGGUGGGGAAUAUGGGCUCCCAGUGUCUUCAGAUUUUUGCACUUCUGCAUCUGUUACCUCUACAACUUGGCCUUCAUUGGAGAAGUUUAAGAUGAUUUAUUCCUGGAACAAGAUCACAUAGGGGCUUCCGGCCUUGUCAGUCUGCUCCCUUCUGAGGUUUGGACUUCGUUUCAAAUUCUGCCUGGGGUAGGCCUGGGGCCCCAUCCCUUGUACUGGAGGCAAUGGAACUGUCACUGCGACUGGGUCAGCCUCUCGGUAGGCUGCUGUUCUAGUUACACACAUCAGUUAAGCUCUACCAGUGUCUGCACAGACUUGGUUCUCCAGUCAUUUUGCCCUAUCCAGCCAAGCAAGCUGACCAUAAUAGGGGAUGACUGAGGUCAUAAUGAAAACAAAUUUCCUAGAUUUAUGGACUGUAUCUAAUAGAAGGUUGGUAAUAAUAGAGAAGAAAAGGUGGAGAGCAGGUGAGGGCUGCCUGGUGGCUCAGUUGGUUAAGUAAGCGUCUGCCUUGGGCUCAGGUCAUGAUCCCAGGUCCUGGGAUCGAGUCUCUGGGAUCAAGUCUCCGGCGUUGGGCUCCCUGCUCAGUGGGGAGUCUGCUUCUCCCUCUCUCUUGACGUUCCCCACUGCUUGUGCUCCCACUCUCUCAAAUAAACAAAUAAAAUCUUUAAAAAAAGAUGAGCGGGUGAAAAAUUUAUGUUCACCUAAAUUUUAUAGUUACCUUUAGAUCAUAAAAGGGGUUUUCCAAGAAAAUUCUUAAAAUUAUUUCAGGUAGCUCUAAAUCAUUUGAAAUAUUGUGUGUUUAUAGUACUGGAAAUAACAGUGUUGAAGUAGCUGAGCCCUUGGGCUGACCUUGAAUUUAUAAUAUGGAGAGGCAGGACCUAUCUCAGUGAACUAAUUACAGUUAGUAAACAAUACUAGGGUAGUGAAAGAUACAAGGCAGUUCCACUAGUUACAACUUUCUGGAAAUAGGAUCUGUUCUGUUGGAAAAUUGACUUGGUACAGAGAGAAUGACUAAGGGUGUUGACUCUAAAACCAGGUUUCCUGAGUUUGAAUCGUGUUUUCUAUCAUUUAGCUUUGUGAUCUUGGACGUGUCAAGAACUCUGCCUGUAUUUUCAUCUAUAAAAUGAAGAUAAUAGCUAACAUUUAUUGAACACUUAUUAAGCACCACUAAAAGUGCAUUUCAUACAGGAAUUUCAUUUGACCUUCAUUGCAAUCCAAGUGCCAUUUAAGUAUUUUUAAAUCUCUUAUAAUGGGGAAGUUGAGGCUGUAGGUUAAAUAACUUAAAAAAAAUUCUCAGAAAGUAGAACAAGGGAUUGAAUCAGUAUUUUGAAUUGAACUAUCCAGGACUUUGCUUGUAAUCAUUAUAAUACUUGGAAGGAUCAGAUGAGAACAGUGACAAGUGUAGGGCUCAUACAUAGCCACUGCUCUUUAAGCGCUAGCUAUCUCACAGACAGGAGUUAGAACAUUCUGGAGAGAUUGGGGUGGCCUAGUGGAACACACAUCUGAGCAAAGGAGUUUGGAUGUAGGUGUGAGUGCAGCACAUAUGAAUCUGUGAAACUGGAUUUUUUGAAUGAGUAGUACCUAGGAGUGAAAUAGGACACGGACCACACCAGUUUUUGUCACUUGCAGUCUCAGACAACACUUCAGUGUCCUGAGAUCAGAUUCUCUUUGGGUGUGGAAAAGAAAGGUCCACGGAGUAGGAAACUGCAGAAACAGUAAGGGGAGGGUAAGAGGGUGUAGCUGCCAGUGGGAUUGGAGAUUUAGGAAGCUUGCUUGACUGGCCUAGUCAAGGAAGGCUAAUCUGGACAUCCCUGGAGAAUACUGAUUUUUAAUUUGAGCUCUUGUUAAACCAGUAACUCGUUUCUGGGUAGGAGCCAGAGUUUAACAUGUAUAAAUUAUAUAUGUUCACCCCUAAGGGUGUUAAAGUAGUAGAUCUGUUUAUUCACGUUUGAAUGGUUUUUCACUGACAUCAGUGUUUCACCCUAAGUUGGAUUUUUCCUUUAUUGCUCUUUUCAAGAGUUCAGACUUCUGUCUUUUCGGGAUCUGCAGUGAGAAUGUGUAUUUUGCUUGGCUGUGACAGAUACCAGCUGUCUAGAUGACUUUGGACAAGUCGCUUCCUUUUAGGUGCUUGGUAACUCGAUCAGCAAAUCACCCAAGUAGCACCUAAAGUGUUACUGGACAAGGUGCUUU